GCCUCAUGAAACACUCUCAGCAAUGAGUUUUUCAGAGACAGAACCGUCAUGGCCUGAUCUUGGUAUUAUUCCAGUGGACUUUUAUGAAGAUCUAGAUCUAGAACUUGUUUUAGACAAAUCAGAUCACAUGUGGCUCUUCUUUCUUAAUCGAGUAGACUCAGUUCGCGUAUUACAUGUCAAUGACAACUAUAUUGGCAAAUUGCUUUUGGAAUGUGAUGAUAUAGGGUGUGUGUUGAAAGAGUCAUAUGCGGAGGUGAAGAAAUUCGGAUAUCGCUGGGUAUAUAAAGAGGAUAUAGAAGGGCCAUCAAAACAGUUGUCUAGGAAGCGCAAAUUUGGGGAAAUUGAAGAAAAUGCGAGCAGAAGGGAGAAAAGAUGCUUGGGUAGCCUUCUUUGUUAUGGGAGCCCUCUUCUGUAGCUGUCUUUGUUGGUUAAGAAUAUUUCUCGUUUUCAGUC